GUCAGAUGUUUCGCUCUUGACAUUGGUUUGUUAGUUUUCCAUUUGUACAUUCCUAUAGGCAAAUUGAUUUGUGUAUAAUAACAUGGCCCUAAUUCCUCCGGUUACCCGUUUGUCCUCCUCAAUUAUAAGGAUAUUGGGUUGCAAUCCAGGCCAUAUGACAUUGCAAGGAACAAAUACAUAUCUUGUAGGCACAGGCAAAAAACGUGUUUUAAUUGAUACAGGCGAUCCCGAUGUUCCAGAGUACAUCAAACACUUGACAGGAGUGUUAAAGGAAGAGAAUGCAACUAUUGGUACCAUCUUAUUAACCCAUUGGCACCAUGACCAUGUGGGAGGUGUUAAGGAUGUUUUAAAAACCUGUGUGGAUAAAGUAAAUCUUCAUAAAGAUUGUCAGGUAUACAAAUUUCCGCGCACUGAUGCUGAAGAUGUGUGUCCCGAGAUACCCAAAGAUGUUAAGGUGGAAACAUUAAAAGAUCAGCAAGUGUUUGAGCUGGAAGGUGAAAACUUGAAAAUUCAUCAUACCCCGGGACAUACAACAGACCAUGUCGUAUUAACCACCAAUGAGGGAGUAUUGUUCAGUGGAGAUUGUAUUUUAGGUGAAGGAACGGCUGUUUUUGAGGAUUUAUACGAUUAUAUGAAAAGUUUGGAGAAGAUACUCAACUUCAAACCCUCAGUUAUAUAUCCUGGACAUGGCAACAUCAUUGAAGACCCCUUGGAAAAAAUACAAUACUAUAUUAAACACCGUAAUCAGCGCGAGCAACAAAUUCUAAGCUGCUUUGCCGAAAGGAAACAGCAGAAAAUGCAAGCCAUGGAUGUAGUUAAAGUUGUCUACAAAGAAACACCAGAACAGCUAUGGCCUGCUGCAGCUUACAAUGUUAGUCAUCAUUUGACAAAGCUGCACAAAGAAGGCAAAUUGGAAAAGUGUCAAAGUCCCGAAAGUGACGAAGACAAUCCUUUUUAUAUGUUUUGCCAAAAAACCAGCAAUUUAUGAGGAACAUUUACAAUUUCCUACGAUAAGUAAUAAGAACAGUGUUUUAUUUUGUUUAACAAAAAAAAUCAUAAUUAAAAAAUACAAUUGUUAAUAUUUUUUUAAUAAUAAAUAUCUCUAUUCCUCUGGUUGAAA